GGGAACAUUCGGUAUCCUGGUGAGCGCGCGCUUCCCUGACCGUGUAGCUGCCUGUCAUCGUUCGGGCUGACAUCACACAGAGGAUUUGCUACAAUGUCAAACACACACAAGCAGCGCGAGCUCAUGGCUUCCCCGCGCCACAAUGAGAAGCAUCGCCGCGUUCUCCUGCUCAUCCUCUAAAUACAGAACUCCAUUCACUUUUUAUGGGUUUAUUCCUUGUUCCUGGGCAGGAUGCGUUUGAGCAGGUCUAUGUGAGUGUGUGAGCCAGGUCAGAGGUCAUGCUGCGGAGGGAAUCUGACUCCCACGGCCUCUUUUCCUCCGGAGAGACGUCUGACAAUGACUGUGAGAUGGGGGCGAGUUGUGGAGAGGUAGAUGUAAUGUGUCUGUGCGAGGCCGGUCCCUGUACACUUUAUUCAGAAGCACACAUGCCCACGCCGGACACACUGCUGUGUGAACACUGUGGUAAAAACAGAGCUAUGAUAACCAGGUACUCUGAGGGAUACGGCACAGAGGAGGAGUGUGUAUUGUCUGAUCCUCAGGGAGAGAGUGAUGCAGAUGCAGAUAUAGAGGAUACAGAUUGCAGACUCCAGGAGCCAGAUUCUCUCCAGCGAAUCAGCUCGCGGAGACGUAAGCGCCCGCGGGUAGCACGGCAGGACACCACCGAGAGUGAGGACGAUGGUGGGCGGAGCCACAGAUCGCAUCGCUGGAACCUCAGGCUCAGUCCUGACAGAGGACACAGCAGGACUAUACUGGAGGAGAGCGUAUCACAGGUCAGGCCACUGGUCAUCUGCCGGCCAAAUGUUGAGAGGCAAAAGAGUCCAGGUGACCUGCCCCGAGGCUCCAGACGUCUGAUGUCUCUGUGGCCAUCUUCCCUCUCUCUCCCUCUCAUCCUCCUCCUCUCACUGCCUCUCUCCCUCUCCCUCAUCAUUGUUAUUGUGUCUUUCUUUCUACCGUGGGCCAGCGCUUGACCCAGCAUUUCUGUUUCAAAAGAAUUGUUUCAUUCCAAAAAAUUACAAAAAGGUCCACCAACUCCUACAAUGUAGUGGAUAGCACAAAAUGGAAACAAAGAUAUGGUGCUUUACACAGGACUCUGACUUAAUGUUUUAAUAGACCCUCCAUAUUUUAGAGUGAUGUUUUUCCCUUCCAGAAUAUACUGAAACACUUUUUGGAAGGAUUUUAAACAUCUUGAUUUUUGGGGACAGUUGGACUUUUGGCUUAAUUAAAACCAGAAGAGAACAGGUUCAAAUAUCUCAAAUAUCUAGUCUUUCAUACUGCACCACUCUCUGUUCAUUUACAUCCAGAAUCUGUUCACAACAUAAACUCAGUGCUUGCUUUUGCCUCAUAAAAUCUCACCUUCCGUCUCACUUUCUCACCCCCUCGUUGGUAAAAAUAGACCUCUCAUCUCGCUCCUUAUUCUAACGAGCCACAGGAGUGAUACGUGGGGGAAAGGUUUCAGGGCUGUGCAGGUACACUCAAAAAGGAAAAUAACUGGCUCAAUAGGAAAAUGCGAAAAAGACUAUGCUGCUGAACUAUGCAAUUCUUCAAUUCCUACUGCGGCUCCAUAACUGCUGUUAAUGAACAUCUCCUAUAUCCUUGGCACUGUCAUCACCUUCUUGGCCCUUUCCCUUUUCUCUCUGAGGAAUACACUUUAUGAAUGCAGGGACUUAUGAUUCUAAAAUAGAGCAUGGCCUAAUUUAAAAAGCAAUAGCAGGAGAGAUCUGAUAUAGCUCCCAUCGCAUAUGAUCUACAGUACAUCUGGUGGUUUAAUGAAUGGAUUACAUGUAUUAUUUUACUUGUUGCAGACCGAUUUAAAAACAGAUGGAUCCUUCUUCUUCUUCUUCUUCCUGGCUGCACUUGUGUAUGUUUUUUAGUAAAAUAAGCUGACCUCAAAAUUAAAUGAGCUUUAGUGGAACUUAAUUAUGUUAAAGCAAUUUAAACACUUAAAACAGUCUUACAGUUGAAAUAUUACUAUCAUGUUUAAUACUAUUUGUUAUGUCCAUCUUUAUGAAUUAUUAUUUAAGAAGAAAAGUGAGCUUGACAAUCAGUCAUGCUACUUUCUCCAAGCUGAAAUAAUUGGAAAAAGCCAUUUUGCUGUGGUUUUUGAUGUUAUGUUGUUUUUGUAUGUUUUUAAAGUUAUGAUUCUUUUUUUCACACCACACUGGAGUUGCUUAUAUCCUUGUAGAGAAAUGUUCAUUUCAAAGUAAAAUCAGGUUGUACUGUAUGAGCUAAUUUGAUUAAUCUUUCUCUCUUCCAGACUGUUGUAUUGCCUGUCGUAAAUCUUAAAUUUGAUUUCCAUGUGUAUGUUCACCUCUGUGUUUCAUGGGGCCAUAGAAGUUCAAUAAAACUAGAUUGUAUUUUGACAAAAAAAAAA